AUGAUAACAUUGGUGCAGUUCGUGAAAAUAACUACAAUCCUGUGUGCCAUGACAACCGUUUUAAGUUUGUUUGCUGCCGUUAAAACUGCAAACGACAUCGGCGCAUUGUAUUCUAACAUCAUGGAUGAAAUGACAGAUUUUAAGGCGAUAGUGAACGAAACUUGGCAUGAGGUGAUCAGCCUAAGCAAUGAGUUGAAUUAUGAACGAAAUCAACCGCAACAAAACUCGUUUGCUUUCAACUCGUUUACUCGGCGGAAGCGCCGUGAAGCUGUCUGCGACUGUGCAUCGCAAGCUAGCAAUUGCCCUCCCGGCCCUCCGGGUCCGCCAGGUGAUCCCGGACCCGAUGGAUAUGACGGUAUUCCGGGUAUACCAGGAGUUGCGGGGCUGAGCGGAGCGGAGAUUUGGUCAAUGAUAAGUGAGCCUCGAGGCUGCAUCAAAUGCGAACCUGGAUUACCAGGACCUGAAGGCCUUCCUGGACCGAUGGGACCACCGGGUCCACAAGGCCGACUAGGUUAUAUUGGAGUGCCGGGUUUUCCUGGUCAGCCUGGACCGGUUGGACCUACUGGCGAUAGAGGACGACAAGGUUCAUAUGGACGACCGGGCGUACCAGGUCGGCCUGGCAUGGAUAGUCUGCGUAUUAUUCGUCCUAAAGGGCCGAAAGGUAUUCAAGGACUCCCUGGGUUAACUGGGCAACCUGGCAAAACUGGAAUCCCUGGUAUACCAGGACCAAUGGGACCACCGGGAGUUGCUGGACGUGCCGGAAGUCCGGGUCUUCCAGGUAAACCUGGCUUACAAGGACCACCAGGCAUUGAGGGCAUGCCAGGCCUUGAUGCCACCUACUGUGCGUGCCCUCUGCGAACACCAGCAUAUGUUGGCCUAUAUAUUCCUGAACAAUUUCAAACUGAAGUACCUCCAUCGGAUGUGUUUGAAGAAGAGAACCUUAAAAAAAUGAAAGCUGCGGCUAAAACCUUAUGA